GCUCCUUGACUAAAAAUAAGCAGGGGAUCAGUCCCAGGGAUUCCAGUUACAAAUAGGCAAAACAGCAGAAUCUGCUCAGCAAGAGGAGUAAGAAGCAAUGGAUUCCAGACAUCAGCGUGUGAAACUGAAUGAUGGCCACUUCAUUCCUGCACUGGGAUAUGGCACCUAUAAGCCUGAUGAGAUUCCUAAGACUGAAAGUCUGAAGGGCACCAAAUUGGCUAUAGAUGCUGGAUUUCACCAUAUUGAUACUGCAUAUGCUUACCAAGUGGAAGAGGAGGUAGGACAGGCCAUUAAAAGCAAGAUUGCAGAAGGCCGUGUGAAGAGAGAAGAUAUAUUCCUCACUUCUAAGCUUUGGUGCACAUUCCUUAGACCAAACAUGGUCCAACACAACUUAAAAACAUCACUCAACAAACUUGGUUUGGACUACAUUGACCUUUAUGUCAUUCAUUACCCAGUGCCUAUGAAGCCAGGUGAAGAGCUUUUUCCCACUGAUGAAAAGGGGAAAACAUUAUUUGAUACAGUAGAUAUCUGUGCAACAUGGGAGGCCAUGGAGAAUUGUAAGGAUGAGGGAUUGGCCAAAUCCAUUGGGGUGUCCAACUUUAAUCGCAGACAGCUGGAGAUGAUCCUGAACAAACCAGGACUCAAGUACAAACCUGUCUGCAACCAGGUGGAAUGCCAUCCUUAUUUCAACCAGAGCAAACUACUAGAUUUCUGCAAGUCAAAUGAUAUAAUAUUAGUUGCUUAUGGUGCACUUGGAACCCAACGAGAUAAAAAAUGGGUAAAUCAGAGCUCCCCAGCUGUCCUGGAUGAUCCAGUUCUUUGUGCUAUGGCAAAAAAGUAUAAACGAACUCCAGCCCUGAUUGCCCUGAGAUACCAGCUGCAGCGUGGAGUUGUGGCUCUGGCCCAGAGCUUUAAGGAGAAGGAAAUAAAAGAGAACUCGCAGGUCUUCGAAUUUCAAUUGACUUCUGAGGACAUGAAAGUGAUAGAUGGCCUGAACAGAAACUUGAGAUAUCUUCCUGCUGAGUUCAUUGAAGGCCACCCUAAUUAUCCAUUUGCUGAUGAAUAUUAACAUGGAACCUUUGUCAUGAGUACUGGCACAAAUUCCUUUUCAUGAAAUAUGAUACAGAAUACAUCUGAGGUGUUGCUUCUCUGACUCAUCCAACAUCCUGGUCAAACCAUGCUGAUUAGCAACUCUCCUAGAUUGGAUUAAAAAGGGACUAAACUAGCAUCAGAUUUUUGAAAACAAUAUAAAAUCAUUUUUUCUAAAUGUU